CCUGGGGUUGAGUGCUGCUCCCUUCUGCUGUCCCCGUCCGGUGCAGACUCUGCCCCCAGGCCUCUCGGGCUGCCCUGCCCACCGGGCCCAUGCCGCUGCUCCGGCUCCUCGGCCUUCUCUGGUUGCUCAGGGGCUCCCCAGGGGCCGCAGGAACCUUAUCCAGGGCCAUAGCCACUUCCUACGCUCUUCCCCCCAGGGCAGAAGCAGCCCACACUGCCCAAUCUGCCUCUCCUACUCCUGGCAGCAGGGAAAACACAUCCACCCCUCUCAUCACCUACCCCCAUGAUAAAUCCACUUCUGAAACACUGAUCAAAUCUCUAAUCAAUUCCAGCACCUCUGCAGUCCCGCCGUCUAAGUUUGUCUUCAAGGUUGAAACCACCCCACCCUCCCUCUUUGUGUACAUGCCCACCACUGAGUGUGUGUAUCCAACCAACUUCAUAGUUACCACCUCCUACCCCACCACCUCUUGUGUGACCGUGACCCAGGCAUCCUUCACCAGCUCUUAUACCUCCACGCCUGUGACACAGAGACCUGCCACAGCGGUCACCAGCGCUUAUCCUCUUACCGUGAACUCUUCUCCCAUUACCACCACUUUAGGUGACAAGGCCACAACCACAGCCCCAUCCUCUCCUGUCCCAGCCACAGACACAACCUUCAUAACCACAGAAACUGGUCACAACUUAUCAUCCACCACCAGGACCACACUGAUCACACCAGCCACUCUUCCAACUUCAUUUCCUGACACCAGCGGGAAAUUUAGUACAGAGACGGCCAUCACUGAUUCCCCCACCUCCACCAGUGUACUAACACCUGUGACACCCACGAGGGACCUUCCACAAGAAACUUCCACCGCGGACCUUACAUUAAAUUCCCCAAUUAUUUCAUCAACCACAGGCACCAACACAGAAAUUUCUCCCAUAGGGACCAGCGCUGUGCCAGUGAUGACCAAUACGUUAACAACACCCACUAGGGGACUUCUCUCCACUACCCCUUCACACAUCUCCCACAUGCUCACCACAAUCAAAACGGCCCUAACCUCACCUGCAACCAUACUGAGUACCCUGGAGACAUCCACAACCCAAACCAGGUCUUCCCCUAGGACAAAUAUUCCUCCCAUAACCUCCAGAGCCACCCCCAUAUCUGUGGACACCACUGGCUUAUUGACUACCAUGACAAAGCUGACAUCAAUACCCACUGAUCAUGGACCCUCAGCAACCUUCACAAACAUCACUCCAUCAUCUCCAACCAUCCAGAAUACAAAAACAACAUCACUUGCGACCAUAACCACAACCACAACUCCAACUGUAUCAACUACUCUCACAAGUUCUGAACACUUUCCACCAAGUUCUGUCUCUACGCGAAUUCCACUCACAUCUGUGUUCCCCUCUUCCACGACUGCCAGUAUCACCAGCACAGAGGGUGUCUCAUCAGUUACAGCCAUCACCCGCACACUCCCCACAACAGCAGGGUCUAUCCCGACACCCACCACAACCUACUUGCCCACAACACACACAACCACGGACGCACCACCAGCCACAAUAGCCCCUAUAGGCACAGGGCAGACAACCCUCAUCAGCCCUAGUGCCACAUCCACUGAGAAAACCACACUCAUGCCUACCACUGACGUUUCCACAGAGACUGCCGUGACAGAAAUUACUUCUAGUCCCUGCAUCACUUCUUCAGUCACUGCCACCAACACGCUGACUUCUGGGACAACUACAAUCUCUCCUCCCACAACCACCAAAGCCUUUACAUUACCUACCACGAGCAUUCGAUCUUCUGUACUUGUUACAAACUCAGAACCAGUCACUAGUGCGACCACGGACAUCGUAACAACCCUUCUAACUACCUUGGUGACCACAUUCCCAACCACUAAUUCCAGGUCUACGCCUACAUCGGAGACCACCUACCCCAACCAUCCUGCUACUAGCCCUCUCACACCCCUUGCCACUCACACCACUUCCCUGACGACCACGACAGACACAUCAUCCACUUUCACCUCUCUUCCACCCACCUCCCCCUCUCUCCCAACCACAGAAACAGCCAAAACUGCUACUACACACUUGUCAACAACCAACACCCUGACCACCCCACACAGUACGCCUAUCCUCACUUCUGCAAACAUCUACUCCAUGGUCAGUAUAUCACCUACUGCCCCCACUUCCCGUAUCCCUACCCCAGGGAACCUGGUGAUUUCCACAGCCAUCACACCAUCUACACAGAUAACAGACAUCCCUACACCGACUCCAACAUGUAUCACCCCGUCAUCUGUGGGCACCACAGGUUCUCUGACUAUGUGGACAGACCUCACCUCAACACCCAAUGAUCCCAGUCCCUCAGCAACCCUCGCGAAUAUCAUUCCGUCAUCUCCAACCAUCCAGAAUACAGAAACAACAUCACUUGUUAGCACUACCACAACCACAACUCCCACCAUGUCAACUAUUCUCACAAGUUCUGAACACGUUCCAACAAGUUCUGUCUCUACAGGAAUUCCAGUCACAUCUGCAUUCCCCUCCUCCACGACUGCCAGUAUCACCCCCACAAAGGGCGUCUCCUCAACUCCAGCCAUCACCCGCACACUCCCCACAACAGCAGGAUCUAUCCCGACGCCCACCACCACCCACUCAGACACAACACGCACCACCACAGAUGCACCUCCAGCCACUGUAGUUCCUACAGGCACAUGGCAGACAACCCUCAUCAGCCCUAGUGCCCCAUCCACUGAGAAAACCACACUCAUGCCUACCACUGACGUUUCCACACAGACUGCCGCGACAGAAAUUAUUUCUAGUCCCCGCAUCACUUCUUCAGUCACUGCUACCAACACGCUGACUUCUGGGACAACUACAGUCUCUCCUCCCACAACCACCAAAGCCUUUACAUUACCCACCACUGGCAUUCCAUCCUCUAUACCUGUUACAAACUCAGAACCAGUCACCAGUGCGACCAUGGACAUCGUAACAACCCUUCUAACUACCAUGGUGACCACACUCCCUACCACCAAUUCCAGGUCUAUACCUACAUCGGAGACCUCCUACCCCAGCCAUCCUGCUACUAGCCCUCUCACACCCUUUGCCACUCACACCACUUCCCUGACGACCACGACAGACACAUCAUCCACUUUCACCUCUCUUCCACCCACCUCCCCUUCUCUCCCAACCACAAAAACAGCCAAAACUGCUACUACACACUUGUCAACAGCCAAAACUGCUACUAUACACUUGUCAACGACCAACACGCUGACCACCCCACACAAUGCUCCUAUCUUCACUACCUCAAACAUAUACUCCACAGUCGGUAUAUCACCUACUGCCCCCACUUCACCUAUCCCUACCCUAGGGAAUAUGGUGACUUCCACAGCCAUCACACCAUCUACACAGAUAACAGACAUCCCUACACCGACUCCAACAUCUAUCACUCAGUCAUCUGUGGGCACCACAGGUUCUCUGACUAUGUGGACAGAACUUACCUCAACACCCAAUGAUCCCAGUCCCUCAGCAACCCUCACGAAUAUCAUUCCGUCAUCUCCAACCAUCCAGAAUACAGAACCAACAUCACUUGUUAGCACUACCACAACCACAACUCCCACCAUGUCAACUACUCUCACAAGUUCCGAACACGUUCCAACAAGUUCUGUCUCUACAGGAAUUCCAGUCACAUCUGCAUUCCCCUCCUCCACGACUGCCAGUAUCACCCCCACAGAGGGCAUCUCCUCAACGCCAGCCAUCACCCGCACACUCCCCACAACAGCAGGGUCUAUCCCGACGCCCACCACCACCCACUUGCACACAACACAGACAACCACGGACACACCUCCAGCCAAUGUAGCCCCUACAGGCACAGGGCAGACAACCCUCAUCAGCCCUAGUGCCACAUCCACUGAGAAAACCACACUCAUGCCUACCACUGACGUUUCCACACAGACUGCCGUGACAGAAAUUAUUUCUAGUCCCCGCAUAACUUCUUCAGUCACUGCUACCAACACGCUGACUUCUGGGACAACUACAGUCUCUCUUCCCACAACCACCAAAACCUUUACAUUACCUACGACUGCCAUUCCAUCCUCUAUACCUGUUACAAACUCAGAACCAGUCACCGGUGCGACCACGGACAUCGUAACAACCCUUCUAACUACCGUGGUGACCACACUCCCUACCACCAAUUCCAGGUCUACACCUACAUCUGAGACCGCCUACCCCAACCGUCCUGCUACUAGCCCUCUCACACCCUUCGCCACUCACACCACUUCCCUGACGACCACGACAGACACAUCAUCCACUUUCACCUCUCUUCCACCCACCUCCGCCUCUCUCCCAACCACAGAAACAGCCAAAACUGCUACUACACACUUGGUAAUGACCAACACGCUCACCACCCCACACAAUACUCCUAUCCUCACUUCCUUAAACAUCUACUCCACAGUUGGUGUAUCACCUACUGCCCCCACUUCACCUAUCCCUACCCUAGGGAACCUGGUGACUUCCACAGCCAUCAUACCAUCUACGCAGAUAACAGACAUCCCUACACGGACUCCAACAUCUAUCACUCAGUCAUCUGUGGGCACCACAGGUUCUCUGACUAUGUGGACAGACCUCACCUCAACACCCAAUGAUCCUAGUCCCUCAGCAACCCUCACGAAUAUCAUUCCGUCAUCUCCAACCAUCCAGAAUACAGAAACAACAUCACUUGUUAGCACUACCACAACCACAACUCUCACCAUGUCAACUACUCUCACAAGUUCCGAACACGUUCCAACAAGUUCUGUCUCUACAGGAAUUCCAGUCACAUCUGCAUUCCCCUCCUCCAUGACUGCCAGUAUCACCCCCACAGAGGGCAUCUCCUCAACUGCAGUCAUCACCCACACACUCCCCACAACAGCAGGGUCUAUCCCGACGCCCACCACCACCCACUCGGACACAACACACACAACCACGGACGCACCUCCAGCCACUGUAGCCCCUACAGGCACAGGGCAGACAACCCUCAUCAGCCCUAGUGCCCCAUCCACUGAGAAAACCACACUCAUGCCUACCACUGGCGUUUCCACAGAGACUGCCGUGACAGAAAUUACUUCUAGUCCCCGCAUCACUUCUUCAGUCACUGUCACCAACACACUGACUUCUGCGACAACUACAGUCUCUCCUCCCACAACCACCAAAGCCUUUACGUUACCUACCAGUGGCAUUCGAUCUUCUGUACCUGUUACAAACUCAGAACCAGUCACCAGUGCGACCAGAGACAUCGUAACAACCCUUCGAACUACCGUGGUGACCACACUCCCAACCACCAAUUCCAGGUCUACACCUACGUCAGAGACCACCUACCCCAACCAUCCUGCUACUAGCCCUCUCACACCCUUUGCCACUCACACCACUUCCCUGACAACCACGACAGACACAUCAUCCACUUUCAUCUCUCUCCAACACACCUCCCCUUCUCUCCCAACCACAGAAACAGUCAGAACUGCUACUACACACUUGGCAACGACAGACACCCUGACCACCCCACACGGUACUCCUAUCCUCACUUCCUCAAACAUCUACUCCACAGGGAACCUGGUGACUUCUACAGCCAUCACACCAUCUACUCAGAUAACAGACAUCCCUACACCGACUCCAACAUCUAUCACUCAGUCAUCUGUGGGCACCACAGGUUCUCUGACUAUGUGGACAGACCUCACCUCAACGCCCAAUGAUCCCAGUCCCUCAGCAACCCUCACGAAUAUCAUUCCGUUAUCUUCAACCAUCCAGAAUACAGAAACAACAUCACUUGUUAGCACUACCACAACCACAACUCCCACCAUGUCAACUACUCUCACAAGUUCCGAACACGUUCCAACAAGUUCUGUCUCUACAGGAAUUCCAGUCACAUCUGCAUUCCCCUCCUCCACGACUGCCAGUAUCACCCCCACAGAGGGCGUCUCCUCAACUGCAGUCAUCACCCGCACACUCCCCACAACAGCAGGGUCUAUCCCGAGGCCCACCACCACCCACUCGGACACAACACACACAACCACGGACGCACCUCCAGCUACUGUAACCCCUACAGGCACAGGGCAGACAACCCUCAUCAGCCCUAGUGCCCCAUCCACUGAGAAAACCACACUCAUGCCUACCACUGACGUUUCCACACAGACUGCCGUGACAGAAAUUAUUUCUAGUCCCCGCAUCACUUCUUCAGUCACUGCUACCAACACGCUGACUUCUGGGACAACUACAGUCUCUCCUCCCACAACCACCAAAGCCAUUCCAUCCUCUAUACCUGUUACAAAUUCAGAACCAGUCACCAGUGCGACCACGGACAUCGUAACAACCCUUCUAACUACUGUGGUGACCACACUCCCAACCACCAAUUCCAGGUCUACACCUACAUCUGAGACCACCUACCCCAACCAUCCUGCUACUAGCCCUCUCACACCCUUCGCCACUCACACCACUUCCCUGACGACCACGACAGACACAUCAUCCACUUUCACCUCUCUCCAACACACCUCCCCCUCUCUCCCAACCACAGAAACAGUCAGAACUGAUACUACACACUUGUCAACGACCAACACCCUGACCACCCCACACAGUACUCCUAUCCUCACUUCCUCAAACAUCUACUCCACAGUCAGUAUAUCACCUACUGCCCCCACUUCACCUAUCCCUACCCCAGGGAACCUGGUGACUUCCACAGUCAUCACACCAUUGACUCAGAUAACAGACAUCCCUACACCAACUCCAACAUCUAUCACCCUGUCAUCUGUGGGCACCCCAGGUUCUCUGACUAUGUGGACAGAACUCACCUCAACACGCAAUGAUCCCAGUUCCUCAGCAACCCUCACAAAUAUCAUUCCGUCAUCUCCAACCAUCCAGAAUACAGAACCAACAUCACUUGUUAACACCAUCACAACCACGACUCCCACUGUGUCAACUAUUCUCACAAGUUCUGAACACGUUCCAACAAGUUCUGUCUCUACAGGAAUUCCAGUCACAUCUGCAUUCCCCUCCUCCACGACUGCCAGUAUCACCCCCACAGAGGGCAUCUCCUCAACUGCAGUCAUCACCCACACACUCCCCACAAUAGCAGGGUCUAUCCCGACGCCCACCACCACCCACUUGCACACAACACAGACAACGACGGACACACCUCCAGCUACUGUGACCCCUCCAGGCACAUGGCAGACAACCCUCAUCAGCCCUAGUGCCACAUCCACUGAGAAAACCACACUCAUGCCUACCACUGACGUUUCCACAGAGACUGCCGUGACAGAAAUUAUUUCUAGUCCCCGCAUUACUUCUUCAGUCACUGCUACCAACACGCUGACUUCUGGGACAACUACAGUCUCUCCUCCCACAACCACCAAAGCCAUUCCAUCCUCUAUACCUGUUACAAAUUCAGAACCAGUCACCAGUGCGACCACGGACAUCGUAACAACCCUUCUAACUACCGUGGUGACCACACUCCCUGCCACCAAUGCCAGUUCUACACCUACAUCUGAGAGCACCUACCCCAACCUUCCUGCUACGAGCCCUCUCACACACUCCACGACUGACACCACCUCUCUGACCAGUAGCACAGAUACAUCAACCAUUCCCACCUCUGUCAUAUCCUCCUAUCCCUCUCUCUCAAUCACAGGAACAGCCCAAACUGCCACCACAUACUUGGUAACAACAGACACCCUUACCACCCCACACAGUACUCCCAGCUUUACCUCCUCAAAUGUCUAUUCCCCAAUCAGCACAUCCCUCACUGCAAUCACCUCAGCUCCCACUACCACAGAGACUCUGCUGACUUCCACAGCCAUGACCCCAUUUACUCUGAGGACAGGUAUUCCAUCCUCAGCACUUACAAGUAUCACCCACCCUUCCUUGCUACCCACCCUUUUGUUGAGUACAACUUCAGACCUCAGCUCAAUAUCCCCUGCUCCCAGUACCUCUGCCACCCCUACAGGUUCCAUUGCAUUUUAUCCCACUGUCCAUCACACAGAAACAACAUCCUUGGUGAACACAACCUCGAACCACAUACCCACUGGGGGAACGAUUGUCACAGGUACUGACAACACCCUGCGUAGUUCUUUAGGUACAAGCAUUGCAGUUACAUAUGACACCUCUUUGUCACCCCAAACAACUCCUAUAUUGACCUCUACCACAGGAACUCAAACACCUCCCAUACUUACCCUUGAGAGUACAGAUUCUUCUUUGCCUUCUCUUAACACUCUUACUCCAUCAACCAACCUCAGCACUAUGAUGUUAACGUCACAUGUCCGUAGUACAAUUACACAUCUGCUCACUCUUAAAACUUCUCUUUCAACCCCCUCCUUGCAAACUUCACUCACAUCUAUGAGUGAGUCCACUGGUGCAUCUUUUUCUAGGCCAAGUACGUCUACAAACGCGUUAGUCACCUCUUUCAGCACUAUCAUCGUGCCUUCAAUACCCACCAUAAUAACAUCCUCUUCUCUGUCCUCUAGCAGCACAACGGCAGUGCUCACCACUGCCUCUCCAUCUCUUCCUUCCUCCCCACAUGUGCCCAGUAUGGAACACCCAGCCUCUUCUUUUGUCUCAACUUUCCCCACUUUCUCUUCCUCUGCAACUAUCAGAACUUCUCCUGCCUCCUCAUCUCUAACCAUAGCUCUCACUGAAACGACCCCCUUUUCUUAUAUUUCUCUUCCUUCCACUACACCCUGCCCAGAAACUGUAACAAUCACCAUAGUCCCCACCUCUCCCACUUCUCCUUGUGUCGAAAUGGAUCCAAGUGGUGAAGUUACUUCUCCUCCCACCACCCCGCUCACUGUCUUUUUCUUUACUACUGAAAUGGUCACUUCUCCUAGUUCCACCAGUAUAAGAACUUCCUUUCCUACAUACACGGACAGUUCUAUUUCCCUGGCUCCAGAGAGUGGGCCUGCCAUCAUCACAACUGAUAGUCUGAGUUCUACUGGCAGUGGGGCCGUUUCCAUGAGUCCAGCUUUGACGAGCACCCACACGCCCACUAGCAAGACCUGGCUAAGCACCAGCUUGGUAACUGCCCCAAGCACACCUGGUGUCAACGUGAAACCACAAAGCAGCCUUCCAACUACCAUGAUGACUUCAAGCAAGUUGACCCAAACCACCCCACCAGCCAACAGGACUUCAGUGACACUGGUACCUACUACCCUGACUCCUACUACCCUUAGGUCACCCACGACGACUUUGAGCAACAUUCAGAUGACCACACAGUCAAGGCUGACCACUACCCCAGGUACCUGCUACAAUGGUGGCACCUGGGAACAAGGCCUGUGCCUUUGCCUCCCAGGGUAUUCUGGGGACCACUGUCAGUUCCAGGAGAUCAGAUGCCAGAAUGGGGGUACAUGGGAUGGCCUCAAAUGCCGCUGCCCCAGCACCUUCUAUGGCUCCCGUUGCGAGUUUGCCAUGGAACAAAUAGAGCUAGACACAGUGGAUGCUGAAGUGGGCAUGGAGGUAUCUGUUGACCAGGAGUUCUCCCCAGACCUCAAUGACAACACUUCCAAGGCCUUCAGGGAUUUCAGCAAUGCCUUCCAGAAUCAGAUGCAGAAGAUUUACCAACAUGUGCACGGAUUCAAGGAUGUACAGAUCCUGUCCCUGAGGAGUGGCAGCAUUGUGGUGGACUACCUGGUCCUGCUGGAGCUGUCCUUCAGCCCCCAGCUGGAUAGCGAGUAUGAGAAGGUAAAAAUGGCCUUGAAAGAGGAGCUCCAGAAUGCCAGCCAGGAUGGGGACAGCUGCCGGGAUACCCAGACCCUAUGUUUUAAGCCUGACUCCAUCAAAGUGAACACCACCACCAGGACAGAGCUGACUCCAGAAGCCAUCUGCCGCCGCGCUGCUGCCAAAGGCUAUGAGGAGUUCUACUUCCCCUUGGUGGAGGUGAAUCGGCUCCGCUGUGUAACCAAAUGCACGUCGGGCGUGGACGGCGCCAUCGACUGCCACCAGGGCCAGUGCGUCCUGGAGAAGAGCGGUCCUGCUUGCCGCUGCUUCUCCACCGACGAGCUCUGGUUCUAUGGCCCGCGCUGCGAAGUGGCCGUCCGCUGGAGGGCGCUGGUCGGGAGCCUGGCGGGAGCCGCCGCGCUGCUGCUGCUGCUUCUGCUUGUGCUGGGCGCCGUGCUGGCGCGCUCUCGUGGGAGGCGCAGCGGCCCAGGCAGGUCCUGGGAAGAGGACAGAAAAUGGUUCGAGAUCUGGAAUGAGGACACCGUGGGGACUUUUUCAAACAUGGGCUUCGAGGACGACAGGAUAGUCAAGGAUGAAAACUUCCAGGUGGCCUUGGAGAACGUGGACACCAAUAUCAGGGUGCACAUCCAGAGACCUGAGAUGACCUCAUCAUCAGUUUGAGCCCUUCCAGGAUGCAACCAUCUGCGCUGUGUCCAUUUCAAGAGCUGGCCCAAGGGCUUGUGCAGCCCAGGCUGUCCUUGGGUGAAAUGAAACUGUGCCACUGAAUUGCAUCCUUCUCUCAACUUGGCCAAAACCCAGCUAGAGACUCAGUUCACAUCCAGGCUCUUUCACUGUGGGACUUUGGGCAAGUCAGUCACUUCUCUGAGUCUCAGUUUCUUUACCUGUAAAAUGGGUACAAAAUGCUUGUCUCCAUACUCCCUACUUAUUGUGAAAACCACACAGUCUUGGCCAGUUAAUUUUCUACUCCAGGCCCCAUGGUCCCCUUGUCUCACUCAGCUCCCCCAAUCCUCAUGUCCUUUUGCCUGGUCUCAGUCAGUGGUCUCCCUGUUUUCUUGUUCAUGUCCCCACUGCCUAGUCCCUGCCCUGCACUGUGGCUGACUUACCCAUCUCCUACCCUCUCUUGUUUAACUCCUUACUCUCAUUCCUUACUUUGUCUCUCCUCUAAGCCCAUUCUCUAAUCAGUCCUUCCCCUCCCCUCUCCCCCCUCCUGGUAACUUCAGCCCUAAUCCUUGCCUCCCCCAUCCCAGUGCCCUAGCACUAAAUCCUCCCUCCUCUUUCACCUCUGUCCCUAGUGAGGUUCAGACACCUAUGUCUCAGGCCCCUCCAGGCUCUAUUCUGAGGCUCCACCCCUUCCUCUCACCCCCAAGGGCCUGGGCUCCUGUAGGUAGGGGCAGGACUUGAGUUGCCCAGAUCCCCAGGGAUGGGGAGAAGUGGGGCCUUGAGGUGGGAAAAUUCCCUUGGUCCCACUGAUUAUUCCUCCAACCCUUCCUCCCCUCCCACCUCAAUGCUGCCUUUUUCCUAUCCCUUCCUCCUUCCUCUCUUCCCAACUCUCUCCCUGGUCACCCCCAUCCCUGCAGUAACUUCUGAUCCCUAAGCCCUGAACCUCCUUUGCCAGGAAGAUCUGCUUUGGGGACAAGAAUCUGCCCAAUUCUCCGU